GGGAGGUUUUCCAUAUUCGUGUUUUUUCGAGUUUAUUCCGCUCGUCGUCACUCCCUCUCCCGAUUUUCAAAAUAAUUUCUCGAGAAUUACUUGUAGAAGAAUGGAAAUUCCAAUCGAUUCAGUAGGAGUGGUUUGUUAGGGAUCGAAAGGGAAAAAAUAAUCGAAGAUUUAUGAUGGAGAAGACAGAUCACGCCCGGAAAUUGUAUAAACGUAUGCGAUUAUGGGAGUUACCUGAUCAAUAUGUUGCAGAGCCCAUCGAUGGAUCAUCUGGUUCUUGUUUGGUUGUGAAACGUGAUGGCUCCAUGACGCUUGUUGAUGAAAUCCCAGAUUGUACAACUGUUCGUGUUCCUAAAAUUCAGACAAUUUAUGGUGUUGUUGGAAUACUAAAGCUUUUGGCAGGAUCAUAUUUAUUAGCUAUAACAGAACGUGAAAAUGUUGGAUUAUACUUAGGCCAUCCAAUCUACAAAGUCUUGUCACUCAAAGUCUUUCCCUGUGAUCGUUCUCUAAAAAGCUCCUGUGAUGAAAAGAAAAAGAUGGAGUCAGAGUUUUCAAGUCUGUUAAAAGUUGCUGAGAGGACACCUGGCCUUUAUUUUUCAUACCAUGUCAAUAUAACACUAAGUGCCCAAAGGUUAAAUGACUUGGGUGUGGAAGCAACUAAGAUUCCUCUCUGGAGGCAGGCAGAACCUCGAUUCGUAUGGAAUAAUUAUAUGUUGGAACUUCUCAUAGAUAACAAGCUCGAAGCAUACAUUCUUCCUAUUAUUCAAGGGACUUUCCAAAAUUUUCAAGCAGCAAUUGGGAAAGAUAUUAUAGAUGUCACCCUGAUAGCAAGAAGGUGUACUAGGAGAAAUGGGACUAGGAUGUGGAGAAGAGGAGCUGAUGAUGAUGGGUAUGUAGCAAAUUUUGUGGAAAGUGAACAGAUCAUACAAGUAAAAGGGUAUACAGCAUCAUUUGUACAGGUCCGAGGGUCAAUCCCUUUUCUUUGGGAACAGAUUGUUGAUUUAUCAUAUAAGCCAAAGUUUGAGAUUAUGAAACCUGAGAAAGCACCUCACAUUUCUGAGCGCCAUUUUUUGGAUUUAAGGAAAAAAUAUGGAAAUGUUAUAGCCAUUGAUCUUGUUAAUACGCGUGGUGAUGAAGGGCGUUUGUCUGAAAAGUUUGCCACAUCCAUGGAGAAGAUUCUGAACGAUGAUGUGAGAUACUUGCACUUUGACUUUCAUAAGAUUUGUGGACAUGUUCAUUUUGAGCGUUUGUCUAUCCUUUAUGAACAAAUUGAAGAUUUCCUGAUUAAAAAUAGGUACCAUUUAUUAAACGAAAGACGCGAAAAAGUUGAAACACAAAUAGGAGUUGUAAGGACUAAUUGUAUAGAUUGCUUAGAUCGUACAAAUGUCACACAGAGCAUGAUUGGGAGAAAAAUGUUGGAAUUCCAACUUCAAAGACUUGGUCUUUUUGAUGCCGAUGAAAACAUUAGCACACAUUCGAAUUUGAAUGACUCUUUCAAAAUAUUAUGGGCUAAUCAUGGGGACGAUAUAAGCAUCCAGUAUUCUGGCACGCCUGCUCUUAAAGGAGAUUUUGUCAGAGUGGGUCGGAGGACUACUAGAGGAAUGCUUAAAGAUGGCUAUAAUGCACUAAUGCGUUAUUACCUCAAUAACUUUGUUGAUGGUACAAAACAGGAUUCGAUUGAUUUAGUGCAAGGGCAUUACAUUGUUUCUCUUACUCGAGACAUGGCUCCAAAGAGAAAAGGAGGGAUAGAGAACAUUGCACCAUUUCCUGUUGUUGUGGGAGUUAUCUUGAUGGGUAUCUUUUUCGCAUUGUUGUCACUCAUACGAGUUCGAAAUGAUUUUUGGCAGUUGCCAUUGUCUAUUUUUUGGGCAUCACUGAGUCUAUUAAUUACACGAUAUGUGAAAGAAAAUGGUCGCGCUUUUUGCAACAGACCCCGGCUGCACAAACCUCUAGAAUGAUUUUGGCUACAAAUUUAUAUCAUUUUUUUUAUUAUUUCUUAUAGUUGAUAUAGCCCACAGUGUUCAUUGAUCGUAUUAUUAUAAGUUCUGUAAUUAUAUACGGGAGACCAUUGAAUUUUAUUGUACUUUUUUUUUAAAUGUAA